AUGGACGGCAAGAUGAGAGCUUUAGUGACCAUUCCGGCAGGCAAAGCAGAAAUCCAAGAGGUCCCCAUCCCCAAGCCCCUCCCUGGUCAUGCCCUCUUAAAGAUCAACGCAACGGCGCAAAGCAAUGAUCUCAACGGUAUCGCCGUGUCCAAACCUGGUGUUAUCUGCGGAGAUGAUUUUGCCGGCACCGUCAUCGACCCGAACGGCACAACCCUGCAAAAGGGUCAGCGGGUCGCCGGCUUCGUCAUGGGAAGCGAUAUCGACCCCUGCCGCGGCACCUUCGCUCAAUACGCUAUGGCGCACCCCGAUUAUGUCUUCCACGUCCCAGACUCCGUCACAAACGUCGAGGCUGCCUCGAUCUCAUUGUCGCUCGCAACGGCAACCGUGUCCCUCAAGUGGCUGGAGAUUCCAGACGCAACAGAUCCUGUGAAGAAGCCCUUUCCCGUCCUUAUCUAUGGCGCCUCGUCGAGCGUCGGUCUUUUCGCUGUGCAGCUGUGCAGGAUGGCCGGGCUGUACGUUAUCGCCACGGCGUCCAAGCGCAACCACGAGCUCGUCAAGAGCCAAGGUGCCGAUGUGGUCAUUGAUUACCGGGACGAGGACUGGAUUGACCAGGUCAAGAAGGUGGCGGACGUCUGGGGUGGCCUGCAUCAUGUCUUUGACACAAUCAGCACGUACCAAACCACCAAGGCCUGCGUGCAGACCUUCCCGGAAGAAGGUGGGCACAUUGUUUGCAUCAUGGCGCGUACAGCCGAGGAAAUUGGCCUACCAGCGAAUGUCAAGUUGAACGUUGCGCUGUGCUACACGGUUUUUGGAGAGAACUUGGGGUCCAAGAAAGUGGAACUCUAUGAAUCGUUCCAGGACACGGAGGGUGCGAGGCCCCAGGAUCAGCAGACUUGGAAAGCCUAUAUGAAGGCCAUCCCUAAUUGGCUAGAGACAAAGGCUUUGAGGCCGAACCCGCUGCGUUUGCAGGGUGGCUUGGACAAUAUUCUCGAGGGGCUUGAGCUGCAACGAAAGGGGUUGGUGAGCGGCCAGAAGUUGGUGUAUACCAUUGACUAG